CUGUGUAUAAACAAGAUGGCGGCUGGAUUUUUAAGAAGCAGUUUUUUUCGGAAAAUUCAGUCCCUUCUAACUCUCCCACAAAUGCAAGAAAGUCGUAUCAUUAGGAGACGUAGUUCUUCUACCCGCUCGUCGACAUCAAGUGGACCUCAUUAUCUGGUAGUUGGGCUUGGUAACUAUACCAUGCCAGAAACAAGGCAUAGCAUAGGAAUGGCAGCUGUCAAUCACCUUGCUGACAAGCUUGGAGUCAGUUUUCAGUAUGACAAAAAAUUAUCUGGGUUAUAUGGGAUAACACAAAUUGAUGAUGCUGAUGUCAUUCUUCUAAAACCUAAAUUAUUAAUGAAUAUCAAUGGAAGAAGUGUAGUCAAAGUUGCUUCUGCAUAUAAAAUAGAAGCAAGAAAUGUAAUUCUUGUCCAUGAUGAUUUAGAUAAAGAUCUUGGUCGGUAUAGCAUCAAGCAUGGCGGUAGUGCAAGGAAAUGGAAAGGUUUCUUAUUGGUAUUGGAAGACCAAAGUACAAAUCAGAAGUCAUUGAUUAUGUAUUACAAAAAUUCACCCCAGCCGAAAAGGAAGUUGUAAAAGACAUUGUAGAUGAAUGCAGUAAUGCUAUAAUUGCGCAUCUAAAAAGCUGUACUUCAAAUAAAUCCGAAAGUACAAAAUCAGAAAACAAAAGAACUACAAAAGGGACAACAAAACUAGAGACUUCAGAUAGUUGAUAUUUUAAAAUUUUUAGAACUUAUUAAGAUGGCUUCAGAUUGAUGGUUUUCAACCAUUCCCAAGAGAAUUAAAUAAUAAAAGACAUGUCGGCCAUGUUGGAGGAUAUAACAAAAGAAUCCAUUAAUGUUCCUCCAACAUGGUGGACAUGAAAACCAUCAAUACUGUAGUUUCAGGCUUUAAAGUAAUAGAACUAGAAAUUAUUUUAUAGAAUAUACAGGGCCCGGUUGUACGAAGCCUGGAUAGCGCUAUGAAACGGAUAAAUCUUAUCCAGUGGAUAAAUUUAUUGGAAAACAGCAUUGACUUAUCCACUGGAUAAGGAUUUAUCCUCCGGAUAGCGCUAUCCAGGCUUCGUACAACUCGGCUCAGGUCUAUAUCUUGAUACUCUGAUAAGCUAACCAUAUAGAUAUUUGACCACAUAGUUUUCCAGUUUUUAUUUUUUUAAAAUGGAACACAUGCAACUGACUUUUCGUGACGUCAUCAAAAUAAAAAUUCUUUAAGUUCUGGUGUUGCGCAUGCUCAUGCACAACCUGGCACGCACGUGAACAAAAACUAUAUGGAGCCACCUUAAAAUAUAUCAAUUUGUUAUGAUGAAAAAAAUAGGUUAUUUAAAGGCCAGGAAGUCUGGAUAGGGAAAAACUGUGCCUAAGGUCUAUAAUGGUGUCAGUCCAUUUUCGAGACAAAGGGCAGAAUUUUUGCCUAUCUGGACUGACUUCAGGAUGGUAAAUAACUUAAUAAAUUAUUUAUUUGCACUACAAAAAAAACCCUGGUGCAUUGCAGUUUUAUUGGUAGGAUAUGUUACACUGAUAUGCAACAUAACUUGUCACGCAUUCUAUCAUAAUAAAUAAUUUACACCUGAUGAAAUAUUAUUGGCUGUCAUAACAAAUCGUUGCGUGACAAGUUGCAGGAAGGGUGUUACUCUAGGCAAUGUCUUAUCUUAUAGAUUGUAUUUCUUGCAAUGAUUGUGGCAAUGCUGCAAAAAUACCAGGGGGGGUACUCCCAUAUAUGGACUAUACAGGGAUGA